UCUCUUGUUUCUCUCUCUUCAGCGUGGAAACUAUAUUUGCUCUCCUCCGAAGUCUCCUCUCUCUAAUAUCUCCUGCCCCGUGCCAUGCUACUACUGCUCCCUCUCCUCUUCCACCUCCUCUAGCUACUUCCCCCUCUCUUUCUCGCCUACCUAAUACCCUCUGUCUCUCUCUCCUCCCGUCUCGUCGCCAGUAGCUCACACGCACCGUCGCGUCUGCCUCGCACGUGCGCGCGCGUAGCGAGCCAAGGAGAUAGGAGGAAGGUUCAUACGAGGCGGCGCGCUGGGCCGGGCUGGGCCUGCCGGGCGGAUGGCAUGAGCCGGCGGCGGCCCGGAUGGUCCCGGCUCGGAACCUGCAGCUCCUCCGCGACGCGCAUGGCACGCCCUUCGCCGCCGGCAUCAUCGGCGUUGACGCUGUGACGAAGGCGCCGCCACCAAGCCACAUGGCCCAGGAGCCCAUCGACCACCAUCAGGAGCCGUCCAAGCAGCGGCCGCUGCCGCCGCAGGAGAGGCAGGCGGACCAGGAGAACCGAUACGGGGAGGCCGAGGCGCUGCCACCGCGGCCGCUCCAGCCCGUGGCCACCAAUCAAGAAGCAGCCGGCACCAGCGGCGGCGGGAGCAGCGGCAACGGCGGCGGCAGCGGGGACUGGCUCCGGCUCGGCCUCGCCCCGGCGUCACCGGGCGCGGGUUCCCAGCCCGACCUCUUCGCGGACCGCGCGGGGCGGCUGCUGUCGCAACCGCGGACGGAGGUGCUGCCGGGCAUCGGCAUGCCGCCCGGGGCCUUCCUGCGCCAGGCCGUGCCCGGCAUUCCGCAGGCGUCCAUAUCUCUGCCCGUGCCGCGCGCCGGGCCACCCUGGAGCCCCUCGGCGGGGCCGCUGCCCCCGCUGCUUCCGUUCGCGCACCGCACGUUCUACACGCCCGGCGCCGGCGCGUCUGGCCUCGACAUGAUCAGAGUCGUUCUGCCGCCGCCGGUCGUGUCCGCAGCCGCCGGCGUCUGGUUUGCACUCCAGGCAGCACCGCACCAAGGGAGAGCGCCAUUCUUGCCUCAGAUUCCAAGAAGCUACCUACGGAUUAAGGAUGGGAGGGUGACAGUUAGAUUGUUGAUCAAGUACCUGGCUAGCAAGUUUGGAUUGGAAGAUGAGGCUCAGGUGGAGAUCACAUGCCGAGGGCGACCGCUCCUCCCGUUCCUGACCCUGCAGCAUGUCCGGGACAGCAUCUGGUGCCAGGGGGACGCCGUCUCGCCGGCGGUGGCGCCAGACAUGUCGGCCGCUACCCACCUCAUGGUUUUGCAGUAUGGCAGAAGACCGUAGUAGACAGACAACCAACCCUCCUCCGAUGACACUCACAAAAAUGUAGAUUCUUGCCCUCUUAACCAUUUGCCGGCACGGCUGUGACCGUACCGACAAUAGGUGGCAUGACGGACGACAAGUUCCUGACCGCCUGCGCUCGCGCGCUGCUGAUGAUCUACUGAAGAACAACAGAAGGAAAGGAGAGUCCCCCCCCCCCCCCCACCUCACAAUCGGCGCGGUAGUUCAUCGGCGCACCAGAGAAUGUUUUCUCCACAGAAUUGUGGGAGAAAACAGCUGUUAGAUGAAUCUGUGACAAGAAGAGAAUUUCACUGAAGAGUAGUGACUUCCAAGCCAUUUUGGCCUUCACCUGAUUUACUAAUUCCAGAGUUCUGCUGUUACAUUUUGUUAUCUGCUUCUUGCUUCUGUUCUUUGUGCUGGAAGCAGCCAAUGUUCUUCUUACUAAAGACAUUCCAGAGCAAACUUGACAUCUCACUGAGAAUUUUAUUUGUUCAUGACUUGACCAUGAGAAAAGCUCUUACUUUUUGGUUCAGUGGUUUUUCCCACAGCAA